AUGGCAGGAGUCAGUCCAGGAUCUGUUGGAUCUGCAUUAGAAAUGACGCUACAGCAGAGAUUCAAAGAGACCAAAACGGGUCAGCUCCCAGGCAACCCGCUCAGGGGUUACUAUGGAAACAACGAUUUCCGGUCUGGUCCUCUCCCAAAUCUGCGGUUUGUGGGGGCGGGGCCGGUUGGACCCCCGGGGAAGGAAACGCGCGGAACCCCGGCUUCCCCGCGCCAGGCCGCCUCCGUGCCGGCCGUGGUUCCGCUUCCCCGAGGACCGGCCGCGCGGGGCCGCCGCGCCCACUGGCCGGGGGGUGACCUUGUGGUCUGCGCUGACCACUGCGCUCCCGCCUGUUGAGACGUCUCUUCGGUGAUUCAGAAGAACCUGCGAUUCGCCCAGCGCCUGCGGCUGGUGGCGGGCGCCGUGUCCCGCCCGGCGCCCCUGAGCCUCCCCAGCACCUACGGGGUUUGGAUUGCAUUUGAAAAUGAAGUUGUACAAACACUACAUGUUGAUAAUCUAUUAAAUGAUGUCACUUCAGCACCUAUUCACUGUGAAGAAGGCUCAGUGCAUAAAAGCAAACAGAUUUCUCUGAAAAGGGUCCUCACCGUAGUUAUUCAGGCCAAAGUGAAAGUGUUUGGGAAACUUCUGUGUAAUGCAACUAGUCAGGCUGAUGAAUUAUAGUCUAGAACUUCCUCUAUCUUUGGCAUUUACUCCAAUGACUCGACAGAUUCAGCCUUGGACAUCAAGAGUGAACAGAAUAAAUUGUCUUAUAUAGCUAAGCAAGUGAAAGAAGAGACCAGUUAA